CACGUAGUAAAGCAAUCCAAAGCUUGACUCACAACAUUUAACUUGUUAUCCUCAAUUUAGAUUUUCAAAGAACAUAAAUGGCUUUGGUAAGAAGUUUCUUGGGUGCAAAGAAGAUUAUGAGCCGCUCUGUAAUGGCUACAACACCAAAAGGGUUUCUUGCUGUGUAUGUUGGUGAGGACAAGGUCCAGAAGAAAAGAUAUAUGGUUCCUGUCUCAUACUUGAACCAGCCUUCUUUUCAAGCUCUGCUCAGUAAAUCUGAAGAAGAGUUUGGGUUUGAUCAUCCUAUGGGUGGCUUAACGAUCCCUUGUCCUGAAGAUACUUUCAUCACUGUGACUUCUAGCCUAAAGGGAAGAUGAUCCGAGGAGAAGAGAGAUCUAACAUUAUGUACCCGAGUUAGAGAUAUAGAAUUAUUCAAUGUAAAUAGGUCAACCUUUUUCCUCGUUCUUUUGUGAGAAAAGAGUUGUUUCCAAGAAGUUACAAAGCUCAGUGUGUCAUUUUUGUUGUGUAAGCAUUAAAGGUAUCUCUAUGCAAAUUGCAGAAAG